AUGUGCUCGCCGCCGCCGCCUCCGGACGCCGGCGACCCAGCGUCGCAGCCAAUCUUCACCGAAGAGAUCCUAGGUGAGAUCUUCCUCCGCCUCGACACGGCGGCCGACCUCGCCCGCGCGUCCGCCGCCUGCACCGCCUUCCUCCGCGUCGUCCGCUUCCUCCGCCGCAACCGAUCCCUCUACCGCCAGCCCGUCAUUGGAUUCCUCGAGUGUGCAGGUCGCACUCCCUUCCACACUCUCUCCUUCUACCAUGCCCAGCCGCCGCACCGCUCCGCCUCCUCCGCUCGCGGCCUCGCGGAGGCCGCUGAUUUCACCUGCUCCUUUGUCCCCGACCCCGGCUCCUGGCUGCUCCACGACGCCACCGGUGGCCGCCUGCUCCUGUGCUCGGAUUCCUCCGACAAUACGACCGACUUCAAGGACCUCGUGGUGUGCGACCCCUUACAGCGCCGGUAUGUCCAGAUUCCCUCUGUCCCUGUCGACCUAACAGCCGCGACCAGUCAAUGGCGUCGAGUCACAUUCGAUGGAUGGAAAAUGAAUGGAUAUAUUACUUUCGUGCUCACAUCUUGCUGCUACCACCCGCACAUAAGCGUCUACAAGACAUCUAGGUUGUUCAGUGAGGUACUCAUGCUGGACACUCACAAGAUGGAAUUCUCCGUGGUGCGCACCCCUGUCCUCCGCUUCAGACAGCAUGCCAUUAUUGAGGCAGGGGAAGGGAGGCUUGGUUUCUUAACCAUUGGUGAUGGCAUGCUAGACCUCUACUGUAAGGCUUGGCAAGACAAUGGUGUUAGUGCGGAAGAGUGGCAGCAUGAAAAGACAAUCCCAAUCCCCUUGCCCGACUCUGACAGGUAUUCCAUCAGCUUCUGUGGUACAGGCGAUGGCUACUUACUCAUUCAAGCUAUUCCACCAGACUCAGCUGAGCUCGAGCAUAUGCCUGAGAUACACUAUUUCACGCUACACCUCAAAACAUUAAUGGUGGAGAGAUUGUGCAUGUUGAAUAAACGCGUUUAUUUUGCUCAUCUUUAUGCAAACUUCCUACCACCGUUGUCGCUGCCAAGUGUAUGA